GGGGCGAGGCGGGGCCGUGGGCGGCGGCGGGGCCCGUUCCGGCCGGCGGCGGGGCGGUGCGGGGCGGUGCGGAGCCGUGCGGGGCUGCAGGGGGAUGCGGAGCGGCUCGGCCCCGGGCAGAUGAUGGCGAUACGCGAGCUGAAAGUGUGUCUGCUUGGAGAUACCGGGGUUGGGAAAUCAAGCAUUGUUUGUCGAUUCGUCCAGGACCACUUUGAUCACAAUAUUAGUCCUACUAUUGGAGCAUCCUUCAUGACUAAAACUGUGCCUUGUGGGAAUGAGCUUCAUAAAUUUCUGAUCUGGGAUACAGCUGGACAGGAGCGGUUUCAUUCCUUGGCUCCGAUGUACUACAGAGGUUCAGCAGCAGCUGUGAUAGUUUACGAUAUCACCAAGCAGGAUUCAUUUCAUACUUUGAAGAAAUGGGUGAAAGAACUAAAAGAACACGGUCCUGAAAACAUUGUAAUGGCCAUUGCUGGAAACAAAUGUGAUCUUUCUGAUAUCAGGGAGGUUCCUAUCAAGGAUGCCAAAGAAUAUGCAGAAUCUAUAGGUGCAAUUGUUGUUGAAACCAGUGCAAAGAAUGCUGUUAACAUUGAAGAACUCUUUCAAGGAAUAAGUCGGCAAAUUCCACCCUUAGAUCCUCAUGAAAAUGGUAACAAUGGAGCAAUCAAACUUGGAAAGCAGACUUCACAGACGGGUAGGCGGUGCUGCUGACCCAACUUGAUCUUUGGAGAUUUACUUGAAAAACAACACCAUUUGUUUUUUCACUGAGAAAGGACUUCAUGAUCUCGGUGAUGUGGCUCCUUAUCUUGAAAGCAGUAAUUUCAAAACUUCCCGUGAGUAAUCUUGCAAGGACCAGAAGUGGAAAGCUUUACUUCAAAGCAAUUUUGCAAAACCCACUUGGAAAAUCCUCUCAAAAUUACAAUGUCUUAAGAAUUCUGAUUCUCUGUUUAAGCCAAUGACUGUUUUUUUUUUUUUUUUUUUUUUUUUAAUAAAAAGAGCCUUUUAUAAUAUAAAUUCUAGAUUUGCUACAAAACCUUCUCUUCUUACACUGCAAAGUGGACUUGGCAUGUCUUUAGAGUUUUCUGUGUAAUAACAGGGUGCAAAAACACACAAAACCUGAGUUUUGGCUUAGAGUUUCUCUGCCAUCUUGCUAGCUGGAAUCUGCUUCCGUAUUUUUCUAAAUCUGUAGCUUCAUCAUUUGCUUUCAGUAAAUAGCAGACCAAGAACUGGACUGAAUUUGCGAACUAGAAAAAUGGAUCCAAAGGAUGAGUUAGUGCAAUUUUUACAGGCUGCAGGUCAAAAUCUGUGGCAUGAGGUGCUGUGUAUGUGAAAGAAGGAAUCGUCAUGAAGGAGACUGCUGGACCCCAUGCAGUUCUCACUGCUCUGGAAAGAACGGAAGUUGCAGCCACUGCGCUUUGCCUGAAAUGAUUUCUUUUCCAGAGCAUAGGCUUUAUUAAUCACUGAAAUUGUAGAGAACACAAAUACCAAUUUAACCUCUAUUAUUUACCAUGUUUCCUUCAAAUCUGUGUCCCAGACUGAAGUUCUCUCUGCUAAGAAAAUCCACUUCUUUAUUUCUAAAAGAGCACCACGCUGCCCCAGUGAGUCAGGAGGACUCCUUCCUUGUCUCACCUCAGCACUCCAAGAAGUCCCACUGAGGCUGUUCAAAGAAUGACAGUUCUGUACAAAAAUGGUUUAAGAAAACACCGUAUAAUUUGGGCUUAAAGGAUGGAAUCUAAUAAAACAAAAUAGAAUGUUUCCUUACAAAUUCAAUUCUGAUCAUUUGUGGAAAAGUCUCUUCACCAACACGGGGAUGCAGUUUGGAAGACACACUGCUUGAUACCUUUGAAGCUUAAUGCACUUGAAAAAAUACAGUGUAGAAGAAUACAUCCAGUAGAUGGCUAUGUACUAGGAAUAAUGUAAAACUGUACGUGCUCUCCACUUCCAUCGUUUAUGAAUGUGUGUGAUUGAGAUGAUAAAUUAUGUCUCUCUCUUCUUCAUCAAUUCAGAUUGAAAUCUGAACUAGGGUAAGGAAUACAGGCUUCAAAACCAGAGUCCCACCUGCAUUCCUCAACAGUAAUUUGUUCUCUUACUGGGAAAAUUAACCUCAGCGCACGUUUGUUGGGGGCUUUAUGAAAAAUAAUCAAAAGAGAAAAAUAACUUUCUGCUAUAAAUCAUAAACAGGCAGGCUAGAGCUGGGCUUCUGUGUUUAUGCAUAAAAACAGAUUUUAUUGCUAGGCUGUGAGAUUGCUUUGAUAAAUAGCACUAAAUAUUAGCGCUUGAACCAGAGCUGGAUGUACUGAACAGGAUUAUUUCCUUUUCUUCAGAUGGCUGAAAUAAAAUAGUUAACGUCAGGUGGGAUGUUCCCCACUUGAGAUCUUAUCUAAGAAUCUAAACUACAUUGUUUUUUCACAUAUACUCCGUAUUUCAGGUAUUUUGGAUUCCUUUGAAAGCACUUGUACUUGAAAAUUUGUCCUUGGAUAAUGCACAUAGACACAAGAGGUACCAGGAGAAAGGUUAUUUAGGGCAAACUUUCAGUUUUGUUACCUAUGUUGAUAUAAGAUCCAUGCCACUGCUUAGUUGCAGCAAGUAUUUUACAGGUAAUCCAGCGUCGUUCACGUGAAAAUUGAGCGAUGUUGACAGGUGGGGAGGGAGACGGGCUCCUUUAGGGACCCUCUCAUCCCAUCCCAGUAUAAGCACAUCUGCCCAGGGUGCUUGGCUCUUUCCCUGAGCUGUUGAGAAAGCCCAGGCAGGCCUGCAGUGCUAAAGAAAUAUCAAACUGAUCAACAACAGAGAUUCAGGUAGAUGAUGGGAUCUAUGACCACAUGCUGCAAGAGAUCUGGUGCUUCCUAAGUAAAAAGCAAAGGCUAGACCUGUCACCAAGAAAACAAGAUAAGAUUUAGCCCAGUUUUAAAAGAUAUUAGGAAUUUUAGUUCAAUGUAUAGUAGUUAUGCAUAACUGACUUGUUAACUUCUCAUAAAUCUGCCUGGCAUCUUUCUUUUUAUAAUGUGACAUCUCAAAACACAUUCAAUCCUAAUUGAGAUGUCUGAAACCUUUGUAAGACAGCUCUACAAGUACCUGGUAUAGUCUGAAUUUCUGAUGGAACUGGCAGUUAGUGCUGGUCUGUGUGAAAUAUAUAUUGUCUUGAACAAGCAGCUCUCACAGCUGCCAUUGUGAAUUGUGAAUCAGUGCAGGUUUAUGAGUUGUAUCUUUAAAUAGUGUAGAACUGGAAAUUGUUACAAUGGAUCUCUGGCAAAUUUUAAAAUUCAAAUGCUAGCAAAGUAGGCUCAAAGGUACUUUUGCAUUUGGUGGGCCAAAUCUAAAUUACUUUAUUCUGCUUUACGUUGAGGAAGUUUUAAAUGAAUAAGGAUUUUGAUCAAAUAAGUUCUUAAAAUUUGGGUUAUGGUAAGCUUCAGUGGACAACGCUGAAGUCACAGAUGAAAAUAUAAAGCAACUGUAUUGUACAGUAGCUCACAUAUUAUUUGAAGACAGGGCCAGCAUUCAAUGAUGAUGUUGUCUCUCUGCUGUUUGUCAAAGCUGAAAUGCAGCUUUAACCUGCCUCUUCAAACGGGGGAAUAGUUGGUUUCAAAAAUUGUGAUUUUCAAAUGUAAAAUUAAUCAUUUCUGCUCUCUUCUGUUGCCUUCAUUGUUCAGAAAGUACCACCACCAUUCUUAAACAGCCAGAAAAAUGACAUAGAAAAAAACAAAGUCUGAGUCAGAAGUUUCAGCAGCAACUGUAAUUCCUUAGUAGUUAGUGGCUGGUUGAAAGCUAAAUUACUGUAUAGGAGCACUUAAAUCUGUAGCUGAUCUGCUCUAAUAAUAAUAAUAAUAAUAGCAAUAAUAAUAAUAGUGCUGCAGUUCUUCACUGGCCAGCUGGUGCUGGACUUGUUGAAGAUUGGUUUUCCCCAGAGAGCUGUCAGCAGGACUGAAACACGAGCUGCAGUGCCAAGUAUGCUUGGUGGAGUCUGUUCGCACCACGAUUCAAGGCUGUGACCGUCCAGUUGCGGGUGACUUGCUUUUCCAGCUAGUCACGAACUAGUUUAAAAAAAAAAAAAAAAAAAAAAAAAAGAUUAUGAAGGAACUAGUUUUCAUGUAUGCUCUGCAUAUGUGUGUAUAUAAGUACAGUUUUAUAUUGUUAUGCUGACAUGUAGUGUUUUCACUAUGUCUGGUUCUCAUAUACUGCACAUUGUAUUCUAUAAGUACAUUUUUUUUAAUGAUCAUUUCAUCUUUAGGAAGUAAAAGCUGCAGGCUGAAGGUUAGCAAGAAGAUGGAGAUACAUGUAGGUACAGUUGUUGACUUGCCAUUCUUAUGCAUGAAAAUGGCAUAUUAUAGAAAAGGUUGGUCUUGCGGACUGAGAAAUCUACAAAACACCAUUAUUAUCCAAGAAUUGGAACUCAGAAGUAUUGAAGUUGCACUAAAAAAAAAAAAAAAAAAAAAAAAAGAAAAAGAAGAAGGAAAAAAAAAAGUCCAACUAUUUUUGUUCAAGAUACAGCAGGUCUAUCUGAAGUGCUAUAAUAUAACAUGGGUAUACAUUAAUAACUAGAAAAGUUAUCUAUCAUCCCUUGUCUUCUCACUAAUCCUUCAUGGCAUGUGAUGAUAAGCAUGACUAGAUAUAAUGAGAGCACUCUGACUAUAAUCAGACCUUUUCAUUACAGUGAUGAUGUAUUUUAGUAUCCUACCCUUAAUUAUUUAAACCACAGUCAGUGAUAAAUUGUCAGUUUAAAAUCACUUGCUAAGUACGUUUCCUCUGUUUUGUUUAUAUAAGGGCUUUGAUUGGGCUGGACCCACUCGCUUCAUGUAUAGGAUGCUGCCAUCUGUUAAUACUUUAAUUUCUGUUUUACAUAUUAAUUGUAUCAUACCUAAUAAUAUUUUUGCCCUAAAACAUAGUUUUUGUGUUUUAUUUAACCUACAACAAUUAACGCUAAUAAAUGUUUUAAAUACCUUUGA